AUGUUCCAUGGAUUGCCAAGUGAAGACCCCAUUGACCACCUUGAUGAGUUUGAUAGGCUUUGUGAUUUGACAAAGAUCAAUGGUGUCUCUGAAGAUGCCAUCAAGCUGAGACUCUUUCCUAUGUCUCUAGCUGACAAAGCUCACCAAUGGGAGAAGAGCUUGCCCCAUGGCACAAUCACCACUUGGGAUGAAUGCAAGAAGGCCUUUCUUGCUAAGUUUUUCUCCACCGGUCGCACAGCCAAGCUUAGAGGAGAGAUAUCCAGCUUCAUCCAGCGAAACAAUGAGACAUUCGCAGAGGCUUGGGAGAGGUAUAGGGAGAUGCUAGACACAGCUAGCAAUGGGAACUUCCUCAACCAGGAUGUAGAUGAUGGCUGGCAACUUGUGGAGAACAUAGCCAACUCAAAUGGAAGCUAUGGAGAAGAGUAUGAUACCAACUGGAGCUCGACCGCACACUCGAUCGAGUCAGACAAUGAGAAAAGAAUGCUUGCAUCAAUCGAAGUUGGACAAACUGAUCCUAGCCCAAUUCCCUGCCAAGCAUGUCAACUAUGUCUCAGAACAAACCUUAGUCAAGACCAGGAAGGGGAGGAGACAACACAAGAGGUUUGCUACAUUCAAAAUAGACAAGGAGCUAUAGGAAUCCUCAACAAGGAGAUACAACAAUAUCCAAGCCCCCUGGCCGCAACAACACAGUGUUCCACAAGGCUUCAACCAAGGACUACUCAUACCCAACCAAGCUCAAGAUUGGGAUAUGAAGGAUAUGCUCCAACAACUCCUACAAGGGCAAGCCAAAGUGCAUCAUCCUCUUCACCACAAGAGUAUGCCCAAGCAGUUACACUAGAAGUGGGCGGCAAUUCCAAGCAGGUAGCCCACCCCAAAUCGCUGUGGACAUCGAUGACGAGGAAGGGGAGGAUUUGGUCGAGUAUGCUGAUACUCGACCGAACUCGAUCGAGCUGGAACAAAACCCUGAACCAGAACUCGAUCGAGCUGAAGAAACCGAGACUCAAGACAAACCAGAGCUCGAUCGAGCCAGAAGAGAACAGACAAAGCAAGCUCCAGCCAACCAACUAA